UGUAUGUGAAAUGGUUUGAUACAGUAAUGUUUUACUAUGUGAUUUUAGUGAACGUGAAUGUCACUUUUUGUCAUUUUCAAAUUUCCCUCCAUUCCGUCCCCGUACGUCCUGACGCUCACAGGGGACGGAACCCAGAUGACAGAUGCCGGCAUCCGCUGGAUUACAUUGCCGGGGACACUGCAGGAGGGACAUCGCGGGAGCGCAGGACAAGGUAAGUGAUCGGGGGAUCGUGGAGCAGCGCCACAUGCUAAGCCCGAGUGUAGCUUGGGAUUACCGCUUGUGCUACACUCGGGAAUACCGCCAGGGAGGCUACAC